AUGGGCAGGGCCGGGGGAAGGGGCGUCACCGCUCGCUUUACGCUCUUAGAGCCCGCAGCACAGGCGGCGGGGCUGAGCCGCGGAGGAGAUGGGCUUCGCAGCAGCCUCCGCACUUCUCCUGGCGGCCCCAGCGCCACCGCCCCUCGCCGGGCCGCGGCGCCCGUUAGGCCGCGCAGAGUGAGCUCGGGCGCCGGCCGGCGUCACCUCACCCAGGACUGGAGGGCAGGGCGCGGUGGGGCCCGCGCGUCUCCCGGGCAAGCCAGUUCCGGCUGCCACCCGGCCGCGGCCGGGACGGAGCUCCUCGGCCCCGCAGCUCCACGCACCCGGCGGCGGCGGCGGCGGCGGCGCGGGCUCGGGCGCCCGGGCAGCCUCUGAGCCCAUGGCUGGCAGCGAUGCGGAUGGCGAGGGUCGCGCGCGAAGGAGCAGCGCCGCGCGGCGUCCCGGGGGCCCCGGCGGGCGGGGAGGCGAGGCUGCGGCCAGCCGCCCGGAGCCGCUGUCUACCGCUGAAGCGCCGGCCGACGGGCCGGAUGCGCUGCCCGCCUGGAUGCGCCUCUACUUCUACGGGAUGCACGGGAUCACCCUGGACGUGCUCGUGUCCUCGGCUCGGCGCUUCGCCAGCAGCCCGGACCUCCGGCUGCUGGGCUUCUCCUCGCCCUACCGCUGCCUGCUGCACUCCCUCACCCACUUCGCCCUGGAGAAGGUCUACCUGCAGCAGCGGCGCUGCCCCAGCGCCUUCGUCUUCAGUCUUCUCCUCUACCCCUCGGCCCACGUGGCGCUGCAGACCCUGGCCGGCCAGGCACUGCUGCUCGCCUUGAGCAGCGGCCCGGGGGGCGCGGCGGUGCCGGGGACACCGGACCUAGCGCUGCAGUAUGUGCUGGCGCUCUACCACUGCCAUGUGUUCCUGAAGCGCUUCCUGCGCUUGCGGUACCGGCGGCAGCCAGAGCCUCGGCAGCCGCAGCACGGGCCCGGCGCGCCCCCCGCCCCUCUGGGCGCCGGGGCCCCUGGGGUUGCAGGUGGCCGGGGUGUCGGGGGAGCCCCCAGCCAGGGGCUGCCGGGCCUGCUCCGCUUUCUUUUCUUCGGAAUGCACGGCUUUUUGGAUGAGAUCUUCUUCACUUUCUUCUUUGAUUUUCUGGGGCAGAGAGAUGGGCCAGCCAGCGGCCACACGUCGCUCUGGUCCUUCUUUAUGUACGGCAGCUGCAGCUUCGUGGUGGAAAAGCUCUACUUCCACCUGCACUGGAAUCGUGGCUGGAGCACUUGGAAGCGGCUGCCCAUCUACGUGAUCUUCAUCUACGUAUGGGAGUUGUCCUGGGGUCUGGGGCUCCGCCUGUGCGGCGCUUGUUCCUGGGACUAUUCUCACUAUCCGCUCAAUUUCAUGGGCCUCAUCACCCUGAUGUAUUUACCUGGCUGGAUAUUCCUUAGUGUGUACCAGGACCUGCUUUCCAACGCGUUGUGGCGGGUGCAGUACAUACCAACUAACUAAAAAAAAAAAAAAAAAGUCACUCCAUUUCCAAGGACCAAUUCGAUUUAUUUUUACAUGUUUAAAACAGAGUGGGUUUUUUAGCCUUUUAAUUUUUAUACGUUUUACUAAACUCUUCCAAUAUGUUCUAUUCGACAUUUUAGUUUUUCUGACACUUUGGAACCUAUGCAUAAUACAGUAUUUUGCAGUAUUACUCAAAACCUAACUCAAAGUACUUGUCAAUAUUUAAAACCCCUUACUACCCCAGACAGCAAAACCAUUGUACCUUCAUUUAUUUGUGCAUGGGUGGGUGAUAACUACUAAUCUUUUUUUAAGCAAGGAAGUUAUUCAAAUCAGAAAUUAGCGAUCUUCACAAGAUUUGGCGAAAUUUUCUAAUUUAAUGAUUUGUUUACUUUUUUUAAUACAAUUUCGUUUUAAUUCCCUGCCACAUAUACCAGUCACUGCUGAAACUCAGUGUCUCGUACUCCUACUACCGGUAAUAACUCUUAAAGUGCCUCCUUCUAGCACACAAGUGGAAAGAAACUGACAAAUGUGAAAAUACAUCCUGUGGAUCGAUUUUUAAAUAAAUCUUUUCUAGCGACUCAGACAGGUAACACUGUGUUAAGAUAUUUGAUCUCCAUCCUGGAAAUGAUUGUUUUUCCAAUGUGGAUUAGCCUUAAACACCAAGUGUGUUAACAUUGAUCAGAUCCUGUGUUAUCUAUGGCUGUACAUUUUUGUUGUAAAAUGUUUACCUUAUAUGCCCAAAGGCCAAGCAGAAUUAUACCACCCUCAGUAGUGUUCUAACUCUAAGGACUCUUUCUACUUGGAGCUUCAAGAAUAGAAACAGUUCCUUGGAAUAAAAUGAACCUGAAUGUUCACUGUACUUGAAUUAGGCCUAAUUGUUUACCGUGAAUACAGAUAGUGUUUUCAGUAUAUUUCUGCCAGAGCUCACUUGUAAACAUCUUUCUUUUUCCUUCUGGACCCACAGAGUUCUUGGGCCAAACCUGAUGUGCUAAUGUGCAUUAUAAAUCAAUGAUAGCAUUUUGGUGACUCAUUAUUAAUGUCUGGAAGCUCUUAAGUUAAAUGAGAUGAUAAAAACCAUUUUAAGAAAUCUUGUCUAAUCAAUUAAUAAUGUCCUUUAAGGUUGGUUGUUGUUUUAUUAUAUUUAGAAAAGACAAGUAGAAUUGAAUAUAGCUCAGCCAAGGAUGACUAAUACUUCCUCAGUUUUCAUUACGAAGAUAAUUACGAAAACUUACAGUGUGUAUAAAUGAAUAGUUUCCGCUUCAAAUUAUUAGCUCAUGUAUGCUAUGAAAGGGGACUUCUUUCUGUUUUCAAAAAAUGUUUGCUAUGGCAGUAAAAACGAAUACAUAUCUAGACAAUUGUCAGGAAUAAUUUUGAGAAGCUAUUUUAAUCCACUAUCUGAGGUUGUGAGCUAAAUUUUAAGUAAUGCAAUAUAAUCAACCCCACCAGUGAAAUGGAUCAUGUCAAACUGAUUAUUUUAGCUAGUCAACGCUGAGUAGCAACUAUUAAAAGUAAACCAAGUCUUUGCAGAAAGUGUCACUGUAUGACACUUGGUCAUAUAUAGGUAAAGGAUUUCAGAAAUCCUUUCUGAAAACCCUGGCAAGGAAAAAGGAUAAGUAUAGACACUAAAGUUAGUCAGAUGCUGAAUAAAAUAUUUGUAAUCCAAAUGUGACACAUGCACAAGAAUCUGAGUUAAGUGUGGCACCACUCCACACCACACAUUGCUGUGAAUGCUGAACCAAAUCCUUGACUUCUAGAAUACUUGCUAAAUGUACACAUUUGCACUUAAUGUCCUUCGCAUGCUGCUCCUCAGCCCUGUUUACCUGCUCACCAGCAUUCUUAGGGUCAGAAAUCUAUCAGAAAGUGGGGAAGCCUCUUAGUUUUUGUUUGUUUGUUUGUUUAGCUUUAAUGUUAAUCCUAUUUUAAAGAAAAGGUCAAGAUUUCCAUUCAUUCCGUUAAUUCAAGAAAUAGUUAUUGUGCACCCACUCUUUGCAAGGCAUUUGCCUGAAUUCUGCAAAUACAGCAAUGACCCAGUACAGACAAAAUCUCUGUCCUUAUGAAGCUCAGGUAUUAAUGUUUUGAUUUAUAGGAGGUUAUACUAACUUGCAAGGCUACUGUUUUAGUAUUUUUUUUUUAAGAUUUUAUUUAUUUAUUUGACAGAGAGAGAGACAGUGAGAGAGGGAACACAAGCAGGGGGAGUGCGAGAGGGAGAAGCAGGCUCCCCGCUGAGCAAGGAGCCCGAUGUGGGGCUCGAUCCCAGGACCCUGGGAUCAUGACCUGAGCCGAAGGCAGACGCUUAACGACUGAGCCACCCAGGCACCCUACUGUUUUAGUAUUAACAGCCCCUCUGCUAGUUCUACAAAGACUUCAUUCAUAUGUAUUCAGGAAGUGAUUAUCCUGUCUAUUAAUUCAGCACCUUGCUACGGGGCUUCUCAAUAUAUGUUUAUUCAAUUUCUUAAGUGACAUUUUGCUGUAACAAACUAAAGAAAAAACAGGGCAAGAACCAUCAAAUCAAUUUUGUUAGCUCAUUAGCAGUUCAGAUAUAGAAGUGAUGAGUCAAUAUAAUAAUAGUUAAUAUUUAAGUAACACUAGAUAUAUAUACACAUACACAUACAUACAGAUACACAUGCACAUAUUUAUUUAAACCUCUAGCAACCCUCCUUUUACAGAUGAACACAAAGAAACUAAGGCCUGAAGAGGUUAAGUAACAGCUCAAGUCAUACAGCUAUUGAAUAUUAUGAUGUAGAUGUUAGGGUUCGAAGACUUCGGCCAAGAAAGAAUUCUUGAGAUGUCUUUGGUGCAAAAAGUGGUUUUAUUAAAGCCUGGGGACAGGACCCGUGGGCAGAAAGAGCUGUCCUGGGGUCCCGAGGAGUGGCCCAUUAUAUACUUUCAAGGUGGGAGGGGAUUAGGGAUAGCCUAAGUCUCUAAGGAAUUUUGGAAGCAAGGUUUCCAGGACCUUGAGGAGGCUAGCUAUUGUUGGGAAAAGGUCAUUUAUUACUGUCUAAUAAAACCUUACUUAUGAGACCCUUCAGAUGUGUAUCGGUGGGCCAUAUGCUUGGGGGAUGAUAACCAACACGUAUCUUGGGGGGUUUAGAGAUAAAGGAAAUUUCUAAAGGUAUUUUUAUAUGUUAAGAUAGACUUUCAGGAUCUGGCAGGUUGGGCUAAGGUUACCAUUUUCCCUUAGCCAAGUAUUAAGUCAAAGCAGCUGAGUCCCUAGAGGAAUGUCACUCUGCCUGUUUCAAGGACUUGUCAUUGGGCUAUAGGUAGUAAGGAAAUUUAAUAAUUUUUCUUCUGCCUUUGUUUCCCAUAUCAUUUAGACUUGAAUCCUAGUACACUCUACUCCAGGGUCUGUUCUUUUUUUUUUUUUUUCUUAACAGCAACACUGUCAUGCCUCCGUUCAUUGACCACAAUGAUUUUGGAUGUUCUUUGGAUUUCACCUUACAAUUUGUAUUGCUCUUCCCUUUCAUUGUCACAGAUGCAAGGGUAGAUGUAUAAAAGCCAGGCACUAGUAACAAAAAUAUUCUAUUCCGUGAAAAAUAAGAAGGGAGCUAAUACCAGGAUACAUAACUGAAAAUCAGCCUAGUUCUAAUCCUUAAAUGAUAGUCUUUAUAUUCAAGCAGUUCUCUGAAAUGGAGUUCUUCAUUUGAAGUUAGACAAUCUUGAUAUAAAAAUAAUACACCAAAAGGUAUGACACCUUAUAUCACAAGCUAGGAAAAAUACAUACAAUCAUUGCUACAUAUUUAACAUAGCAGUUGGAAUGAGCAUCAUUGUAAGAGCUAAACAGUCCAAAAAUUAAAAAUAAAUUGUUUGCAACAACAUUUAUUCUGAGUUCGAUUAGACACCUUAGAGUCUAAGAAAAUCUGUAACAGAAAACAUGGAAAAAAAGUAACAAGUAUGAGUUUUGCUCCAUGUUUAACUUCUACAACACUGAAAUUUUCUUCUAAAAGUGCUUUAAAUUUUAAAUCCAUUCUAUCUGGGCACUGAAUCUACAGAGAAAUAUGACCUUUUAAGUUUUUCAUGUCAACAAUGAACAUGAAAGUUUUUAGGUUCUGCAAAGACUCCAAUAAGGUUGAUAAUCCAUUUCAAUAUUUCAUAAAUUUCAAUGACUCGGUGUACUUAACUUUGAAUAUUUUAUCAAUAUUUGCCAUUUCACAUUUCAACUCAGCAAAACACAGCUUAGAAAAGUAUGACCUGUCCUUUGUUGUUUAAGAAACGUUUCUAAUUGGUUAACCCUAUCCUUUUGAAAAAAUAAUUUUUCUAUACUGUUUUAAAAUAGACUCUGUUGGACGUAAUGGACUUGGUUCUGUUUAAGAGGGAUGGUGAAGAAUUUUGGUAGACUGUUUUGGUUCUUUUUCCACUUCCAAAAUACAUUUAAAAAUCAAUAUGCUUGGAAAGGAAGUUAUACUCAUGCUACAGACUUGGAGUGAUAAAUAAAUCAUUGUAUUCUAAUACCUGAAA